GAGGCAGGAAAAGUUUUUUUCAGAGGCAAAUGCAGGGUUUGUCCUUAACCCUGACGUCAGAUCUUGCUUUAAUAAAACCCCCCCAAGGGCCGCGGGAAGAGGCGGAUCUGGCGCCCCUGAUGGGACAGGCAUGAGGUGGUUCCUGCCCUGGACGCUGGCGGCAGUGACAGCAGCAGCAGCAUCAGGCAGCGCCCUGGCCACGGCCUUCUCUCCAGCCCCCACGGCCAUGGCCUUCACCCCGGCACCUCUGGAGGACACUUCUGCACGCCCCCAGUUCUGCAAGUGGCCAUGCGAGUGCCCACCGUCCCCACCCCGCUGCCCGCUGGGGGUCAGCCUCAUCACCGACGGCUGCGAAUGCUGUAAGAUGUGCGCUCAGCAGCUCGGGGACAACUGCACCGAGGCCGCCACCUGUGACCCCCACAGGGGCCUCUACUGCGACUAUAGUGGGGACCGCCCGAGGUACGCAGUAGGAGUGUGUGCACAGGUGGUCGGCGUGGGCUGCGUGCUGGAUGGCGUGCGCUACAACAACGGCCAGUCCUUCCAGCCCAACUGCAAGUACAACUGCAUGUGCGUGGAUGGCGCGGUGGGCUGCACGCCUCUGUGCCUCCGUGUGCGGCCCCCGCGCCUCUGGUGCCGCCAGCCCCGGCGUGUGAGUGUGCCCGGGCGCUGCUGUGAGCAGUGGGUGUGUGACGACGACGCCAGGAGGCCACGCAAGACUGCGCCACGCCACACAGGCGCCUUCGCAGCCACAGACGAGGUAGAGCCAUGGCACAGGAACUGCAUAGCCUACACCAGCCCCUGGAGCCCCUGUUCCACCAGCUGCGGCCUGGGGGUCUCCACCCGCAUCUCCAGUGUCAACCCCCGGUGCUGGCCCGAGCAGGAGAGCCGCCUCUGCAACUUGCGGCCCUGUGACGUGGACCUCCGGCCGCGCAUCAAGGAAGGGAAGACGUGUUUGGCUGUGUACCAGCCAGAGGCGCCCGUGAACUUUACGCUCGCCGGCUGCACCAGCACACGCUCCUACCGGCCCAAGUACUGCGGGGUCUGCACGGACGGCAGGUGCUGCAUCCCCUACAAGUCCAAGACCAUCGACGUCUCCUUCCAGUGUCCCGACGGGCCUGGCUUCUCCCGCCGGGCCCUGUGGAUCAACGCCUGUUUCUGCAAUCUGAGCUGUCGGAAUCCCAAUGAUAUUUUUGCCGACUUGGACUCCUACCCUGAAUUCUCAGAAAUGGCCAACUAGGCAGGCACGAAACACCGGCUUGAGGCCUGGCCUCAUGCUUGUAAAGCAGCCAGCCUUCCAAGGCCCACACUGAGCCUUUUUUUUUUUUUUUUUCGGUCCACUUUCCACUCAUUUCUAAUGACCCCAGUCCAGACCCGUGGCCCCCUUUCCUGUCUCAGACCACCCAAAGCACCCAUGAGGGUGCCACUCAGGCCCAGACAGUGGGUCCUCUUCUGAGUAGCAUUCCACAUACACUCUAAAGAAAGUGCCUGUCUCCAGCUGUUCUGGACAGCAGUCAAGCCUGACCCAGCCUGUCUAGGUCACCGGAAGUCCUGCUGGAUCUUGCCCAAGUCCCAAGGAACAGAAUCAGCUAGGCAUUCACCAUCACUGGUUCCCUCAUUAGACGCAAAAACAAGAGUCUCUUUGGGUCCAUUCGGAAGGAUGGAUGGGAUUUAGGACAGCGGACUGGUCCCAUUAUUUGGCCCUGGCCAAGCAGGACCCUAAUUGACCGUGUCAACCAUGGCACACCAAACUCUCUCUCUCAUUCCAAAGAUGUGUGUAUCCCAAGGCCCCCAAACAUUUGCCAAGUGAGGUGAAUGGUUAUUUGGUUUUGUUUGUCAAUGGACAAUGGUAUCCAUUAAUCUGGGCAUAGUUAAGUUUCUUUUCAACCCUGCACCAUGAAGGGUGUAGAUUGGGUUUGUCCUGCUCAGAAAUGCCUUUUGAUAAACAUCCUUCUUGUUCCUGGGGGUAGUAACCAGUCAGUACUCCAGGGUCAAAGCCAGGUCAGCCAACUUCCAGAAGGAGCAACUGACCCCAGCACCAAAUCUGCUGCUCAAGGACAGGACAUUGGGCUCGUCCUCGCAGCUGGAGGGCUCGAGGGAGCUGGUAGAGUCUCAUGGGGUGUGUCCUGUGACAUUCCUCUGCUCUUAUGGAGACUCGGGUCCAGGUUGAGUGUGAGUCAAAUCAGGAAGUGGGUCCACCCACCAGGAAGUGGGUCCAGUCUGCCUAAGCCUGGGUGGCAAGGGUCCAGAGCCCAGGACGUGUCUCUCUCUGCCUCAGUGACCCACUUGGCAGACUGUGGGGUCUGUGAUGCACACAACCCAGCUCUGGGGUGAAAAUAGAGGUUUACCAGUUGUUUCAAAACGGAAAUCUACUUAAGAGGGAUGAAAAGCCAAAAGGGUUUGAAGCUAAAAGAGAAAGGUGUUAUUAAUGGAAAUAAGGCUGUUAUUUAUUUUGUGAGUAAAAUAUAAAUAUUUACUGCUUUAAAUCUUUUAUUUCGUACCCUCUACAGGUCAGACAUUGUUCUCAGUGCUUUACAGACUCCAUUCUGCUAGCUCAUGGACACUUCCAGGUCGCUUUGAAAAGCACCUGUUAUCAUUUCUGUUCUGGCAAACGUGAAAGCUCACAAAGAUAAGAGAGCUUGGCCAAAGUUACCCAGCUGGUCAGUUGUGUGUGUGGGGGAAGGUCAGAAUGCACAUCCAAGUUGACUCAACCCUAUAACCCCCUCCCUUCCCCCCACCCCUACUUCAGAGCUUCUGAAUGUGCCAAAUCAGGAAAUCGCAUCAGGAUGCGCAAUGCCUCGUUGUUGUUCUUGGUUCUUAUUAUUUACUGUCUCUCUAACUUCUUUCCCAAGAGAAGAGAGUGUCUGACGUUCAGGUUAUUUAGGUACCUGAGCAUCCAACCAAAGGUGAGAUAAACAAAACCCCGUGAAUCCCUUACAGAUCACGCCCUCCUUCAGAUCAGAACCAGCCUGCAGUCGUGUAUUUCAAGAGGAUUCUUUGUACACGAUGCUGCAGGUGGAACGACGUUGCAGUUAUUCCUGGGGGAUUCUGGGGGGUGUGCAGAGGAAUCCCUAGAGGGAAGAAGGGGGAGAGUGUGCCCGCCUGCUGUGACCUCCCGAAUGCGCAGUUAGGCUCACAGCCGUGCUUAGGAUGUAUUUGGUGGAUAAAGGAAAUUGCGGAUGGGUUCAGAAGGUCUCUUCUUCCAAAGUGCCUGAUGGUCUGAUUCUUAUCAGCCAAAUCUUAAAUGCCAUAGAAAAAGAGAAAUUUAAUAUUGAAAGAAAUGCACAUUUU